AACCCUGACGAGAAUGGAAAACUGACAAGUGUGAGUGCAUUUGUUAAUUUUUCUGCCACCAUUCGCACCAUAAAUUUACAACUGCAGUGAUUGCUGAUUGCAGUAAAACUGCAAAUAAAGUUAUUUGCAAAAAAAAAACAAAAAAAAAAAGAAAAGGAAUUAAACAAAUUUACCAUCAAAACAAAAUAACGUAUUUAUUUUACUCUGCAUUAUAUUCAGGACAACUUAAAUAAAAAAAAAAAAAUACAAAAAGAUGUCUUCAGACGUGAACAUGCAAGCUGAGAAGGAAUCGGGUCCAGUUUAUGGUGGCUGUGAAGGACCAGACGCAAUGUACGUGAAACUUGUAAGCAGCGAUGGUCACGAAUUUAUAGUCAAGAGGGAACAUGCAUUGACAAGUGGCACGAUUAAGGCCAUGUUAAGUGGUCCUGGACAAUUUGCUGAGAACGAAGCCAAUGAAGUUAAUUUUAGAGAAAUUCCUUCCCAUGUACUGCAGAAAGUUUGUAUGUACUUCACCUAUAAAGUGCGCUACACGAACAGUAGCACGGAAAUUCCCGAAUUUCCAAUUGCUCCUGAAAUAGCUCUUGAAUUAUUGAUGGCUGGAAACUUUUUGGAUUGCUAAAUGAAAAAUCUCAUAAAAAUAAUAAAAAAAAAAACCUACGAAUUAACGAAAGCACACACCGAAACAAAACAUGUCAUCGGUAUAAUUGUGCUGUUAAAACCACAAUCUCAGGACAAAAAAAAAUGUUGGCUUGGUUUUUAAAUGACUUUUUGUGAGUGCAAAAACAAAUUAGAAAAAUGAAAAACUUAAUUUUCAAUUUUAUUCAAUUACCAUCUGCCUUGCCAGCGCGCAAUUAAUUCGAGUGGAAUAUAAAAAUAUUAUUAUUAUUAUAAAACUCGAUAUUGUGCGAAACACCAGCUUCAAUUCAGAAGUAUAAUAGUCUAAUUAUUAUAAAUGCAAUGAUUUAUUUAAGAAAAUGGUUUUGAAAUUGAAAUAUUUUUCCCGCUUUUUUUUUAUCUCUAAUGUAGAAAUUAUAUUAUAUUAAUUACAAUUUAAUUUAUUUUUGUUGCAUUUGUUAUUUGGAAUUUUUGCUACAAAAAAAAAAGAAAAUAGACAUUGGUUUUUAUUGUACAUUUUAUUUUUAUUUUUUUUUUUUAAAGACGUAAAUAUUUGAAUCGUUAUUUUUGGAAAUUUAAUUAUUAUUGUCAAUAGUGAAAGGCUUUGAAAUUUUCCAAAUUUUAUAUAAACAAUAUUUUAAAUCUUAAAUUUUAUGGAAUAUCAAAAUUUUUCUUUGAAAUUCAAAAUAGAAAAUAAAUUCCAAAGUGCGAUGUGCGUUAUUUAAGUUGAUCUUAAGCUUUUGCAAUCGACAAGGGAAUAAGCGUUACAUAUGUGAAAUUCAUUUUUUUUCGUCUGGUAUUUAUAAAAUGUAUAUUAUUAGCUUGAAAUAAAACUAGGUAACAUCUAAU